CUGCUGCCGCUGCUGCCGCUGCUGCUGCCCGGCCGCGCCGCCAGCCUGGAGGUGCAGCGCAAGUUCCUCUCGCCCACCCCCACCAACAACUUCGCCCUGGACGGCCCUGGCUCCCGCGUCUACCUGGCGGCCGUCAACCGCCUCUUCCAGCUGUCGGGGGGCGAGCUGGCGCUGGAGGCGGAGGCGGCGGUGGGGCCGGUGCUGGACAGCCCGCUCUGCCACGCGCCGCAGCUGCCGCAGGCCUCCUGCGAGCACCCCAAGGUGCUCACCAACAACUACAACAAGAUCCUGCAGCCCGACCCCGAGCAGGGCGUCCUCGUCGUCUGCGGCUCCAUCUACCAGGGCCUCUGCCAGCUGCGCAGCAUGGCCAACAUCUCGGCGGUGGCUGUGCGCUUCCCGCCGGGCGGCAGCGACCCGGUCACCGUCUUCCCCAGCAUGCUGAACGUGGCGGCCAACCACCCCAACGCCUCCACCGUGGGGCUGGUGCUGCGCCGCGGCGGCGGCGGGGCGCGGCUGCUGGUGGCUGCCACCUACACCGGCUUCGGCAGCCCCUUCUUCCCCCGCAACCGCAGCCUGGAGGACCACCGCUUCGAGAACACGCCCGAGAUUGCCAUCCGCGCCCUCAACGCCCGCGGCGACCUGGCCAAGCUCUUCACCUUCGACAUCAACCCCUCCGACGACAACAUCUUCAAGAUCAAGCAGGGCGCCAAGGCGCGGCACAAGCUCAGCUUCGUUCGCGCCUUCCUGCAGCGCGGCGCCGCGCCGCCCGCCCGCCGCCCCUACGCCUACCUGGCGCUCAACAGCGAGGCCAACGCGGGCGACAAGGAGAGCCCCUCACACAGCCUGCUGGCCCGCAUCUGCCUGGGCGAGGCGGCCGAGGCCACCCUCAACGGCAGCGGCGAGACCAAGAAGCUGACCGAGUCCUACAUCCAGCUGGGGCUGCGCUGCGGCGGCGCCGCCGACGCCUUCACCCGCCUCGUCUCCGUCUUCCCGGCGCGGGCGGCCUGGCGCAGCCCCGCGGCCCCUGCCCCGGCCCCGCCGCCCGCCGAGGAGCUGCUCUUCGGCGUCUUCGAGCGCGCCGGGGCCGGCGGCGGCGGCGGGGGGCGGCCGCAGUCCGCGCUCUGCGUCUUCCGCUUCGCCGAGAUCGAGGAGACGAUCCGGGCUGCCCGCAACUCCUGCUUCGUCAGCCCGGGCGCCGGCAUGGUCACCGUGCUGGACAGCGUGGUGCAGGGCACCGGCCCGGCCUGCGAGAAGAGGAACAUACAGCUGCAGCCGGAGCAGCUGGACUGUGGAGCAGCGCACCUUCAGCACCCACUGGCCAUCGUGAACCCCGUCACAGCGACCCCCGUGUUCACCUACAGCGGCCUGACUGCGGUGGCGGUGGCCAGCAUCAAUAACUACACCGUUGUGUUCCUGGGCACUGCCAGCGGAGGACUCCUGAAGAUUAAUCUGGACAGUACCAUGAAGGUUAUUAGCAGGAGAUCCAUUUCGGUGGCUUACGGAGAGCCUGUCCACCCCAUCAUGCAGUUCGACCCUUCUGAUUCUACCUACCUCUAUCUGAUGACCUCCUAUCAGAUGACGCGGGUGAAGGUGGCUGCCUGCAACCAGUACUCGACAUGCACGGAGUGCCUGGCUGCCGCUGAUGCUUACUGCGGGUGGUGCACAAUGGAGACCAGGUGUUCUCUGCAGCAUGAGUGCACAAAUUUCACAGGGGCCAACUUCUGGGCAAGUGCAAGUGAAGGAGUACAGCAGUGCCCUUCCAUGACCAUCUUGGAGCCUGAGAUUAAUAUCGACAAAGAGAACCCGGCCCUGAUAAUACAAAUAAAUGGGACUAUCCCGAACCUGAAUGGAACAAAUAUUUCAUGUGACUAUGGAAAUAAUAUCCACACGGUAGCCAGAGUUGCUGGAGAUUAUGUAAACCAAUUUAUUUAUUGCAGUUUACUUCCACGUGAGAAAUAUCCAGCGUUUCCAGAUGACCAAGACCACGUGGUCGUCGAAACUGCUCUCCGGGUCAACAGCAAAAACAUUAUCCGGGCCAAUUUCACCAUCUACGAUUGCAAAAGAACUGGAAACAUUUACCCGAAGAGAGCAUGCACCAGCUGCCUCUCGACCAGGUGGAAGUGUCACUGGUGCCCCUCCACCUACACCUGCGUCUCCAACCACUCGCAGUGUGACGACGCGCUGCAGAUGAAGAAGAAAAUUGACUGUCCCCGAAUUGUACCUGCCUCUUUGGAUCCAAUGCCCACGGGAGUAUCUCGGGACAUUAUGAUCUCACUGGCUAACACAACUUUCUCUAAGGAGACAGCUCUGGAGUGCCAUUUUGGGACAGACAGGACGUUUGAAGCCCGGUGGGUGAACUCCUCCGCCGUGGAGUGCGUACACGUGCUGCUCCACACAUCAGAAAAAAGCCAUCUCUUCCCAGUGAACCUUCAGCUGAAGGACAGACCAGACAGAUUUAUUGACAGUCCAGAGAUGAUGACAGUGGAGGUGUACAACUGUGCAACUGGGAGUGCUGACUGUUCUCAGUGCCUGGGGAGGGAGGACCUGGGGCACCGCUGCGUCUGGAGUGAGAGCAGCUCCAGCUGCAGGCUGCACAGCGAGCCCUCCCAGGUCUCAGACAUCUGCCCAGCUCCAGAGAUUAAGAAGAUCGAGCCACUGCGGGGGCCGCUGGAGGGGGGCACCCUGCUGACCAUCCGUGGGAGGAACCUGGGCCGCCGCUUCAGCGACGUCCUCGGCGCCGUCAGGAUAGGCAGCGUGCAGUGCGUGCCGCUACCCGACAGAUACGUCGUCUCCGAGGCGAUCGUGUGCCAGACCGGCGAGGCUCAGGAGGCGUUUUCUGACGUGGUAACAGUUAAUGUGAGCCGGGAAGGGAAGUCCAGGGAGCGAUACUCCUACGUGCUUCCCGUGGUGCAGUCCAUAGCUCCCCUGAAUGGCCCGAAGGCUGGAGGCACCAGAGUGACCAUCAGAGGCAGCAGGCUGGACGUCGGCUCUGAGCUCCGCGUCCUCGUCAAUACCUCCAAGCAGUGCACUGACCUCAGCCGCAACGACAGCACCAUCACCUGCACCAUGCCGUCUGCAGAGCUCACCACAGCCGUGCGAGUCUGCGUUCAGUUCGAGAACAAGUCUUGUGCCAGCUACAACAUCACGUUCAAGUAUGAGAAGAACCCGAUUAUAUCAGACAUCAACCCCAAAAAGAGCCAGAUCAGCGGGGGCAGGAUCAUCACCCUGGAAGGAAGAGGCUUUGAGCUGGUCCAGAACGUGUCCAUGGUUGUCCGUGGCAUCGGCAGAGAGCAAACGAGCUGUAAGGUUCACACCGACACCGUGAUCACCUGCCCCUCUCCAGCUGCCUCCAACAUCACUGCGGGGAGCAAGCCCGCACCCGUUGAUUUCUAUCUCAACGGUCGCCUCUAUGCAGACGACCGUCUGGCUCUGGAUGAGGAGAUGUACCCCGAGGAGGCCUUGCACAUCAGCAAGUUCAGCCUGGAGUACUAUGCCGACCCCCAGUUCUUCACAGCCAAGAAGGAGAAGUGGAUCAAACACCAUCCUGGCGAGCCCUUAACUCUGGUUAUACAUAAAGAGCCUGACAGCCUGGGCCUGGAAAGCAAUGAGUACCAAGUGAAAAUUGGCCUUAUCUCGUGCGAGAUCCAGAUUGUUUCGGACAAAGUCAUCCACUGCUCUGUCAACGAGUCACUGAGCACCUCGGAAAGACAGUUACCUGUGACGAUCCAAGUUGGAAAGUUCAACUACACAAUUGCGAUGCUGCACCUUGGAGGAGGAGAGACCGCAAUCAUCGUCUCCAUUGUCAUCUGCAGCAUCUUGCUGGUCCUGUCUGUUGUAGCUCUCUUUGUGUUUUGCACAAAGAGCCGCAGAGCGGAGCGCUACUGGCAGAAAACCCUGCUCCAGAUGGAGGAGAUGGAGUCGCAGAUCCGAGAGGAAAUCCGCAAAGGUUUUGCGGAACUGCAGACAGACAUGACAGACCUGACCAAGGAGUUAAACCGCAGCCAGGGGAUCCCAUUUCUGGAGUACAAGCACUUUGUCACCCGGACAUUCUUCCCCAAAUGUUCCUCACUCUACGAGGAGUGCUACAUCCUGCCAUCCCAGCAGCUCAGCUCCCAGGUGGGCUCCCAGGUCCAGGAAACUCAUCCACUCCUGGUGGGGGAAUGGAAAAUCCCUGAAAACUGCAGACCCAAUAUGGAAGAAGGAAUCUCGCUGUUCUCCACCUUACUCAACAACAAGCACUUUCUCAUCGUGUUUGUCCAUGCUCUCGAGCAACAGAAGGACUUUGCUGUUAGAGACAGAUGUAACCUGGCCUCCCUGCUUACUAUUGCGUUGCAUGGGAAACUGGAGUAUUACACCAGCAUCAUGAAGGACCUCUUGGUGGAUCUAAUAGAUGCUUCAGCUUCCAAAAACCCCAAGCUGAUGCUGAGGAGAACAGAAUCCGUGGUGGAGAAGAUGCUCACCAACUGGAUGUCUAUCUGCAUGUACAGCUAUCUCAGAGAGACGGUGGGAGAGCCCUUCUUCCUGUUGAUCUGUGCGAUCAAACAACAGAUUAACAAAGGGUCCAUCGAUGCCAUUACGGGGAAAGCCAGGUACACCCUCAAUGAGGAGUGGCUCCUGAGGGAGAACAUCGAGGCAAAGCCAAGGAACCUCAACGUCUCCUUCCAAGGCUGCGGGAUGGACUCCCUGAGUGUCAGAGCCAUGGACACAGACACGCUCAGCCAAGUAAAGGAGAAGAUUCUGGAGGCCUUUUGCAAGAACGUCCCCUACUCCCAGUGGCCAAGGGUGGAAGACGUCGACCUCGAGUGGUUCGCCACCAGCACUGACAGCUACAUCCUCCGGGACCUUGAUGACACCUCGGUGGUGGAGGACGGCAGGAAGAAACUCAACACAUUAGCACACUACAAGAUCCCCGAAGGGGCAUCACUGGCCAUGAGUUUGUCAGACAAGAAGGACACCACGCUGAGCAGAGUGAAGGACUUGGACACCGAGAAGUACUUCCACUUGGUUCUCCCAACCGAUGAAUCAGUGGAACAUAAGAAGUCCCACAGACAGAGCCAUAGGAAGAAAGUCCUACCAGAGAUCUACCUGACCAGGCUGCUCUCCACAAAGGGCACGCUGCAGAAGUUCCUGGACGACUUGUUCAAAGCCAUUCUCAGUAUCCGAGAUGAUAAACCACCUGUGGCCGUGAAGUAUUUCUUUGACUUCCUAGAGGAGCAAGCAGAGAAAAGAGGGAUCACAGACCCUGACACUAUGCACAUCUGGAAGACCAACAGCCUACCUCUGAGGUUUUGGGUCAACAUCCUGAAGAACCCCCAGUUCGUCUUCGACAUUGACAAGACAGACCACAUCGACGCCUGUCUCUCUGUGAUAGCUCAGGCCUUCAUUGACGCCUGCUCCCUCUCUGACCUGCAGCUGGGCAAGGACUCCCCGACCAAUAAACUACUGUAUGCCAAGGAGAUCCCUGAGUAUAGGAAGAUAGUGCAGCGAUACUACAAGCAAAUCCACGACAUGCCCCCGCUCAGCGAGCAGGAAAUGAACGCCCACCUUGCGGAGGAGUCGCGGAAAUACCGGAACGAAUUCAACACCAACGUCGCCAUGGCUGAGAUAUACAAAUACGCCAAGAGAUACCGCUCCCAGAUUGUGGCUGCCCUGGAUGCCAACCCCACGACGAAGCGCACCCAGCUCCAGCACAAGUUUGAGCAAGUGAUUGCGCUCAUGGAGGAUAACAUCUACGAGUGCUGCAGCGAAGCCUAGGCCGACUGCAGCCCUGGAAGUGACCUUCUCCGCAGCGCAGUGCCACAGGGAACCUGCCUUCAGCG